AAACAUCAGAAACAACCAUCAACUUUAGAAAAAAGAGAACAAUGUCAAAUCAAUAUAGUUCAGUCACCGUUUUUGAUGCAGAAGAAGCUCAAAACAAAACAGUUCAAUCUGACGAUUUAUCAUUCCAAGAUUUCUCAACAAGUGUUACACCAGAUACACAUCAUCCAAAUCCUUCUACAAACCCAUCACAACCCAAAGGAAAUAUAGGAUCAACAGUUUAUGAUCCAGAUCGACUCGAAUCACAACCUAGAUUAUCUAAUUCUAAUUCUUGGUUAAGUCUUGAUGCUUAUACAAUCUACUUUGAUGUAGAAACUAAAACGGUUUUGGAAAGGUGUUGGAAAACUAUGUAUCCUAAAGAAGAUUAUGUUGAAGUGAUCUUGGCUGGUCAACCUGAUCUUUAUGGUCCAUUUUGGCUUCCAACUACACUUAUUUUUAUUCUCUUCUUUGCAUCAUCACUUUCAGGAGCCUUAACCGCUUAUCUAAACUCGAAAACCUAUGACUAUGAUUUCACGAAACUCACCUUAGCCGUUGGACUAGUCUAUGUCUAUGCCUUAGGAUUACCAACAUGUAUAUGGGCAGCCAUGAGGUAUUGGGCAACCAUUGAGAGCCGAACGAUACCUGAAAUCAUCAAUUUAUAUGGUUACGGAUUAACGAUCUUCAUACCGGUUUCGUUACUUUCGAUUCCACCGAUCCCUCUCUUAAGAGGUUUCAUGUCUCUCAUAGCUUUCGGAGUCUCUUGUUUCUUUUUAUUAAGAAACCUUUAUCCGAUCAUUAAAUCUUCGGAAAACAAAUCGGCUCAGAUCUUGUUGGCUUUAGUAGUCGUUUUACAUGGGAUCUUUUGUUUGAUACUUUGGUUUGGAUACUUAGGUAUCGGUGGUGAGCUUUUGAUGGAUCUUCCGAAAUCGAAUGGUGAAGUGAUUGGAACUGUACCUAGUCCUCCUUAAAGAAAAGUCAAAGGUUGGGAAUUGGAUUGAAUUGAUUUGGGUUUUUGAAGAUGUUUUGGUUUGUGAUUGUUUUGGAUGAUUCUUGGUUUUGGAAAUAGGUUUAAUUUGAAGUAUUUUUUUUAGUUUUGAGUGUAAGAUAUCAUUGAGAAUCAAAUUUGUGUUUGUGUAAUAUUUGAAAGUUCAAAAACAGUUGAUUCAUAGAAUUCAAUUUUUGAGUCCUUUCUUACAGCCC